AUGCAACUACAAAAAAAAAGGGAACUCAACCGAGAACAUUUUCGCGCCAUAAUUUAUUACAACUUUCAGAGACAAUUAUCGCAACAAGAAUGCCUUGCUGAGUUACUGUCUGUUUUUGGCGACGAAGCGCCACAUCAGUCGACAAUUUCCCGUUGGUAUGGAGAAUUCAAACGUGGACGGGUGAGUCUUAGCGACGAUUCCAGGGUGGGUGCACCAAAAACGGCAGUCACCCAGGAAAACGUCGAUGCUGUGCGCAAACUCAUCAUUGUAGAUAGACAUAUGACAUAUCGCGAGAUUGAGGCGUCCAUGAAGAUCUCAAAGACCUCAAUUCAAAAAAAUUUACAUGAAGAAUUAGGAGUAAGAAAAUUAGUUUCUCGUUGGAUACCCCACCUGUUGACUGAAGAGCAGAAAGCAGCCAGUGCUAAAUGGUGUCAAAAAACGCUUGACCGUUUCAAUUCCGGAAACUCAAAAAAUGUGUACAGCAUUGUUAGUGGUGAAGAAAAGCCAACAAAAAAGGUCGCGACAUUUGUGUCAAAAGCGGGUCAUAUUGCAACAAUUCCUCUUAAUGAGCAAAGAACUGUUACUGCGGAUUGGUAUACCACCAUUUGUUUGUCAAAAGUCAUCACCGAGUUUCGAAAAAUCAACCCCGAAAGAAGAAUCAUCCUCAACCAAGACAACGCAAGCUCGCACACAGCUCAAAAAACAAGGCAGUAUUUAACGGAAGAAAACGUGGAAUUAUUGGACCAUCCUCCAUAUACUAGUAGCCCCGAUCUAAGUCCUAACGAUUUCUUUACUUUCCCGAAAGUUAAAAACAGACUGUGUGGCCAAAGGUUCCGGUCACCAGAAGAAGCAGUUGAUGCAUUCAAAAAUGCCAUUUUGGAUCUGCCAGCAAACGAGUGGAAUAAGUGCUUCGAAAAUUGGUUCGAGCUCAUGCAAAUGUGUAUUAAUCUUCGUGGAGAAUACUUCGAAAACAAGCUCAAAAAGAUGACUUUGACAAAAGUGCCAUUAGAAGAAAAGAAUGAAAUACCUACAAUAGAUAAAAUAUUGAAGCAAGUGAAUGAUGAUGAGGACCUGCCAAAUUUUAAAAGAUCUACGUUCCAUAAGCUGUUGAAAGAACUAGACUUUCGAUUUUUGAAAACAGGAAGGAAUAGUUUAUUGAUAGAAAAGGAGGAAAUUGUUAUCUGGAGGAGAGAAUACCUUAGAAAAAUUAGGCAAUUCCGCGCUGAAGGAAGAAAAAUUUAUUAUUUAGACGAAACAUGGGUGAACGCGGGGCAUACGCAGGGAAAGGUUUGGACCCUAUCCUACACUAACCUAAAAAGAGUAAGUAGCGUAGAUGGAUUUGUUCCUGAAGCAUUGUGGGCAUUUGAAUCCAAAAAAACUGGAGACUAUCACGAAGAAAUGGAUGGUAACUCAUUUGAAAAUUGGUUCAAAAAAUUUUUGCCGACACUUGAUGAUAACGCAAUUAUUGUGAUGGAUAAUGCCCCGUACCACUCCAGAAAAUUGGAAAAAAUUCCAACAAUGGCCACCAAAAAGGCAGACAUUCAACACUUUGCUGAUGACAGCACUCUACAUCUAGGCUAUUUGAGCCACUGCUCACACGCUUGGAGUGCCACCGCCCCGACUACAUCAUUUAUGCUCGAUGCUGUCCAGAGGAGGGCUGUCCGACUGAUCGAUGACUCUUCUCUAACAGACGGUCUCAAGACUCUUUCGCACCGGCGGGCCGACGGUGAUCUAGCUCUCUUCUGCCGCUACACCUUCUACAGACCCGCCUGA